UAUUUGAGCCUUUAUAAGCCUCAUUUAAGCCUUUGUAACUAUUAUAGACGAAGUUUCAUUCCAUACGACCUUUGGUUUAGUAUUCUCGUUCUGUAAUAAUACCGUCGUAAUAUCGUUAGUUGCGACAGCUGCGAACAAUAAUUUUUCUACUCUUCGUCCGAUUUAAUUCCACUUGUUCAGUAUCAUUAAUUCCUUAAUUUAAGAAAGAUGCGCUGCUAUGAAUUUUUAUGACUGUAUAUAUAUUUAUAGCCUGUAAGAGAUAAAAUGAUAUGACGUGUGUCAAAUUUUUAAUCGAAUAUAUCUUGAAAUUAUUAGCAAUCUAUAUCAAACUUGCAGUGCAAAGAUAGCAUCGAAAGAAAUAGCAUUAUCGCAUGAUACUUCAAGUUCCAAUGUCUUGGCAAUAAAGCAAUUUUGUAUUGUAACCUUUUAGAAGAGAUAAUUAGGGAAAUUGCACAAACUAUUUACGAUGACAGGCUCUUGGAUAUCGAUGAAGAUUAUCCAUCAUAAAGCGAACGAUACAUGGGCUUAGUAAAUGCCGUUUAUUGCUGGCCCUCCGUGAAAGUACUCUACUGUAUUGUUUUCUCCAUGAAUCUGGCUGGUCUUUUAGCCGUCGUUCUGGCCAUUCUCUGGGCCGUACGAUUCGAAAGAGGCUUUGCCGAUUACCUGAAUCUUAUCACCCCUGAACACUACAAAAUUCUCCCAUUUCUCGAUGAUGGUCAUACGACGAAUUUCUUAGAAUUCGCUUUUUUUCGAUUGUGUGGGUUAACGAGCGGAUCACGACGAGCAGGUGACGGUCACGUGUGGACCGCGAUCAUCGUGUCUGCUGGCGUUUGCUGUUCCCCUGCCUAUAUCCUGGGAAUUAAGUGCUGGCUCUACCUGAAACUAGAACCAGCUAGAAACGAUUUAGAGGAUCAACACAAAGUAGACGACAACGUGGAUCCUCACGAUGUGAAUCGGCUUCUAUUCUUCCACGUGAUUGCCUGCCUGCUGUCAGGAUUCUUGGUAGCUAUUCUAAAUGCCACUUACUUGAUUCUGUUGAGCGGAUUUCAGCAAAAAAGCCGCGAUGGCUUGAUAGAAGCUAUGGAGAAAUAUGGAAUUGACGUCGCUGUGAAAGCGAGGGUGGACGCACUUCAAACCGAACUCGAAUGUUGCGGGGAUAAUAGUUACGAAGAUUGGUUUCGAAUUCCGUGGCUGAAACUGUCGAUGGAGGGACCUGAGGAUAUGGAGAACGGUCCUCGACUGGAAGGGCAGUGGAAUAAAUAUGAACAUAAAUGUUCCUUAAAAUAUGAUGAUUUUAGGAGAACAUCAGUGCCAGAAGAGCGAGAAGAAGAAACUUCCACGCCCGUGGAUGUACCUUUUUCCUGUUGUUCCAAUGACAUUCCAAAACCUUGUGUUCAUCACGAUAUCCUCAGCCCCAGUGCCGUCUACAACUACGAUCCUAAACAUUUAACCAUCUCCACUGAUGGGUGCAGAUCGAAGAUUAUAAGUCGAGGUGAAGUUAUCAAAACGUACUUGACAGGAUAUCUUGCUCUUUUAUCCCUAUAUCAGGUAAUUUUGUCGUACGUGUCUCGAUUAUUGCAAACAGCCUAUAGCAACGAGCUGUACAUAGGACCUCAGAAGACUCGUUACCACGUCUGGAUAUUCUUCAAACCGGAAGAUUUACCUGGAAACGAGCGAAGAGGCGAGAGAAUGCGUCCUCAGAGAAAACGAUCGAAACUAAAGUUAGCCUCUACGUUCUCGAAAAGUUGGGACGAGGAGGAAACAAGUUUGCAGCGUCGUAAAAACAGGAAGGGUAGCAUGAAAGUUUUAACGAAGAUCCGUUCGAAAAUCUCCUCCGUUAAAUCAAAAAGUCUACCUGCUAUUAGACCUACUUUCUUUUCUAACAAUUCUCGAGGUAAGAGACGAAGCGCGCAACGGUUGGGAGAGAUCAGCGAGGAAGAAGAUGAGCAACCUGAAGAAGAAACGAGACUUCUCUCAGAACAUAAAACGAGAUCUGAGAUUGUUAUGAAAAAAGAUCACCUCUCUGUUUUUUCAUUAUUAUCGGACGAUUCCUCAACGAAUUUACCACCGCCGCCGCCACCUCCACCUCCUUUUGUACUAAAUCUUAAUACAAAAGACGAAGAGGAAAAUCAAUUUCUUUCCGAAAUCGUGUCUUCAAAGUCCUCCAAUAUAACAAAAGUUAAUGUACCAUCGAAACAAAACGUAAUUACAAAUCAGAACUCUGGCAGACGCAUAAAAGUAUUAGAAAAAUUUGGUCAAAUCUGGGAAGGUAUCGAUAGAGGUACUCAGCACAGGGAAAGCGGAGGAGCAGAUAUUUCGAGUAGCAAUUUGAGAUACGACUGUUCAAGAAGCGAAGUUCGUACAAAGUUAAGUUCAACGGACGUUUACAAUAGAUUCCGUGGUACUCUUCAGCACACUCUGGCUAGAAGAGAGGCCAUUAGAGCUCGAAAUGGAUCGACAAAACCUUAUAGUCCCAGAAGUCGGAUGAAACUGGAAGUCAGAAGAAGCAAUAUUCUAGCUAGGAUACGAAGCAAAAAUGUUCCUCCUUCUUAUCGUUUACUGGCAGAUUUUGAGCUCCACACAAGACCAAUUUUUCAACCACAUCCUAUACAAUUAUCUGUUCCUCCUCUUCCAUCAUUUCCACCUUCACCUCUUUCUCUUCCUCCUCCACCUCCAUCUCUUUCUCUUGCUCCUCCUCCUCCACCUCCACCUCUACCUCCACUUCCUUCGCCAAAUCCGGUCAAAUGGAGCAGAAAUUCAGAGAGAAUUUGUGAAACAAAGGCAUUACCGCGAGAACAACGCCAAUGCAGCAUUUGCAAUCGUCCAGUCGAGCAAAGCCCCAGCUCUUCUUCUCGCGAAUCUCUCGUCGAAGUUCGUAAGGAUGCUCGAACAUUUUCUGCUUCAGCUCGAAGAAAAGCUCGCGCCACGUUCUCGCGGCAUAGGGAGUUUCUAAGGGGAGAUUACGCGUCUUGGAAUCGAUCUACUCCCGUUUCUAAAUCCGUCCAACGUAGAUAACUCGAUUCUUCGACUGAUUCUCUGUAAAAUGUUGCCGUAGUAAUCAGUAAUGAUCAUGAUUGGAAGCGAGUUGGAUGUAAAAAUGUAAAUAUAAGUAGAAAAGAAUAGAGAAUAGAAAAACGAUACCUGGCAGUGUCACUGAAGAUGAGAAUCCAAGGUAGAAGAAACAGCAGUCGUACAAUACUUGAUGGUUUAUUUGCCGAGAAGUAAAAUACAUAGGCAUUUGUUAUAAUAGUACUGCCGAAGAAUACUUCUUACGUCUCUGUAAUACAUCUAGCGACAAUACAUCAGUACUAAAAAGAGAAAAGCUGAUUUUUUCAUCAAUUUGUCUGUUUACCAAAUACUUUACAAUGUUCGCGUACUUUCCCUCUAUCUUUCACCAUCCUUAUGUUUUUUCUUUUUUUUUUUCAUUAUUUUUCAGUAUUUUUUCUUUUUUAUGUUUGUUCUAACUUCUUUGUCAGGCUUCGUGGUUUACUCUACUGAAUAUUCGCGAUUUCUCGUCUCGUUUUUAUCGUCGCUUCGAAGAAUCGGAAAGCGGCCGGCAACGACGAGAUGUUCGACGUUCGUCAUAGUCGAAAAACAAAAGAAAUGAACAGCGUCGAGCUUUGUGGUACUCGUCGCGCCGUAGUCGUUUUCAUCUCGGCACCUUGCACUUUUGCACGGUGGUCCCAAUUUGUGUUAUUAAUCGCGAUCGUACUCUUGUUAUUGCAAACGUUAGACGUCGGUGCACGCAGUUCUCAUCGUCUCGCUGUACAAUACCGUUCUAUAGCGCAAUAACUUCGUCAGGAGACAGUCGAAAGAUAAAUUUCGAACGACGAGUUUCGCACGAAACUUCUCCUUCCUUAAAGAU